AUGACACCUUCAGCACUGAGUCACCAGGGCUUGCCCUUUGCUGAACUCUGUCGCAGCGCAGCCAAGUUGAGGGAAGCCCAUGCCUGGCACCGCCUGGUGGGCGUCAAUGAUGCCAUCAACGAUGCAGAAGCGCUGGCGAAAGAACUCUGUGGCGAUGGUUCCACAACUGUAGAGCUGGUGCUGGAUUUGCGAAGUGGUUGGUGCGCUGGCGGAGCCAAACUGGAAUUAGACAAUGUGAAAGCUGGAUAUGCAGACAUCCCUCGAGACGUGCUGAAGGGCAUCACUCUUUGCUUCGAGUCUGGGGACCCUGGGGACUUGCUGUGUGAUCACCAGUCCUGUCCAACCGGGUCCAACUAG